GCGGGGGGAGGGGGGUUUAGGGGGAUGCGGAAGUGUCCGAGCAGGCGGAAGUGGUACUGCCCUGAAUAGUCCGAGCAGCGAGCGGAGAGCAGCUUGAGAAAUUCCCGUCAUCCAGAGAAUCAAAUCAGGACUCCAAGUACGCUUUAACUUUAGGGAUGGAUAAGAGCGAUCUUGUGCAGAAAGCCAAGCUUGCGGAGCAGGCUGAGCGUUAUGACGACAUGGCGGCUGCCAUGAAGGCUGUGACGGAGCAGGGCGGUGAGCUCAGCAACGAGGAGCGCAACUUACUGUCUGUUGCCUACAAGAACGUGGUCGGUGCCCGUCGUUCUUCUUGGCGUGUCAUCUCCAGUAUCGAGCAGAAGACUGAGGGGAAUGAGAAAAAACAGCUGAUGGCCCGUGAAUAUCGUGAGAAAAUUGAGAAGGAACUUCAAGAAAUCUGCAACGAUGUACUGAAACUGCUUGAGGAAUAUCUCAUUCUCAAUGCAAGUCAGCCAGAGAGCAAGGUGUUCUACCUCAAAAUGAAAGGAGACUACUACAGAUAUCUGUCAGAGGUGGCCUGUGGAGACAGCAAGAAGAGCACAGUGGAGUCUUCUCAGGGGGCCUAUCAGGACGCCUUCGACAUCAGCAAGAAGGAAAUGCAGCCAACACAUCCCAUCCGGCUGGGCCUUGCCCUCAACUUCUCUGUCUUCUAUUAUGAAAUACUGAACUCGCCCGACCAGGCCUGCCAACUGGCCAAAACGGCCUUCGACGAAGCGAUCGCCGAGCUCGACACCUUGAACGAGGACUCGUACAAAGACAGCACUCUGAUCAUGCAGCUACUAAGGGACAACCUCACUCUGUGGACAUCAGAAAACCAGGGCGACGAGGGCGACGCUGGCGAAGGAGAGAACUAGAUCGCACUUCACUGUUAAUCCACCCCCACUCUUCUUCCUCCCUCUAUCUUUCUCCUUUUCUUCCUCUCUUCAUCCAUAAACAGCCUGUUCAUUCCCUCGUCCCUUCAGCCCAGCCUCCUGACCUCCCUUCUGUAUAACCAGCAGCAUGAAUAGUACCUGACCUUCAUGAACUAAAAGGAGAUGAAAAAAAAAAACAAAAACUGCUCCAUCACCUGGCCCCACCGCCUCUCUCGCCCUCCAACACGUCACUCCACGACCAGCCAACAGUCUAAAACCGCUGGUCAGUCUCGUCUUACAGCACGCAGGGAGGGUUUGAAUCUCAACCCAUGAAACACUUUUUUUUUCCCCCGGGAGUAAGAAGUCCACAUUCCCUCGUUUUGAUCUGUCUCCUGUCUUCCUCCUGUUCUUCCUCCGUCCUAACAUUUCACUGCGUUCUCUCACCCUCCUCUAGUGACUACAUGCAUCUCUUUAGUUGUCCCUGACUUUUGGCUCUUCUUAGUGCUGGUUUUAUUCCACUUUAAAACAAAUCAGAAAAUUAUUAAACUGUCGGUUUAUUUUCAA